AUGGACCGAGCUGGUGAGAGUGCGGCGGAUGAAUCGUCGGGAGAAAAUGUCACUGAUGAAGAGUUUGCAGAUGAGAUUUCUAAAUUUGAACCCUACCUAAUCACAAACAGCCCCGAACCAACAGAGAACGAUGACGGAGAAUUAUUGGUAACUUCUUCACCCAAGGUGGAAGAAAAGGGUAGAACAAAGGACGAGAAGUUUUUGAAGCCUGUUUCGACCUUUGCAAAACUGGCUCGCGUGAGAGAAACUCUUAUUGAAGAUACUCCUUCAAAUACGGUAGCUAAACCGACAAUAGUGGAAGCAAAGAAGACAACUAGCGCAGGGUCAACAGAAUCACUGGACAAAGUGCUUACACCAGAUCUGGAAGAGGAACUACCUCCACUCAAUUCGUCAAAUGAAAAAACACCAUUUAAGUCCGCAGUAGUGUCGAAAGGAAUGCCAAGCAGCCGUACUUCUGAGAAGAAAGCACUCAAGAGCAGUGCAAAAGAAUUAUUCAAACGCACAUGGAGACCAUCAGUUCCUCGUGGACCACCUCGAGUACACAUCCAAACUAAGAAUCCAAAACAAUAUUUUGGUGCAAGCAACUAUAAAAUCCACGAGAAGGAUCACAAAAAUACCGAGUUUUUUACUUCCGGUGGAAAUUCAUCAAGGCAGGGAUUGCCGAAGAAACCAAGGUAUUGUUUUGAAUAUCUAAUAAAGCUCAGAAAUGUGAAGUAAAA